AUGGCGACGGAGCUGACGGCGGCGCAGCUGCGGGCGUACGACGGCACCGACCCUUCCAAGCCCAUCUACGUCUCCGUCCGGGGCAAGGUCUACGACGUCACCUCUGGCCGCGGCUUCUACGGCCCCGGCGGCGCCUACGCCGUCUUCGCGGGCCGCGAGGCCAGCCGCGCCCUCGGCAAGAUGUCCAAGGACGAGGCCGACGUCUCCGGGGACCUCUCUGGGCUCACCGACAAGGAACUCGGCGUCCUCGCCGACUGGGAGACCAAGUUCCAGGCCAAGUACCCCGUCGUCGCCCGCGCUCGCCGACGCCUGAACUCGGCAGUCUCAGCUCAACCACCCCAAAUCAGCCGCGAGUCCACCAUCAGCAGCUCUCUGCUGCGGCCAAGUGUCAGUGUAAACUCUGUCCUGCCUCUUGCAGUGUUGUUCAGUGCUGUGCUUGCUUGUUUGUGGCUACCCAAUAAUCUGAAUGGAAUGAUGUGUAUGUGA